GCCUGGAGGCAAAUUGCAGAAGGAGAUAACUUUUGAAGGCUUUAAAACCCUAGUAGUUCUGACAGUUAUCUACUGUCAGUUACCGUUACGUUUCUCUCUGCUCAACUCAACCACUCGGCCGCCGCAGAAAAAAGAAAAAAGAGCAAGAUUGUUCAGUCGCAAGUUCUGCAACAAUUUUCUGAAAAGAAAGAGAAGGGCUUGGUUUUACGAUGAAGAAAAUGAUAGCUCUUGGUUUUGAGGGUUCUGCAAACAAGAUUGGUGUUGGGGUUGUAACGUUAGAUGGAACCAUUCUAUCAAAUCCACGCCAUACCUACAUUACGCCCCCUGGCCAUGGAUUCCUCCCUCGAGAAACCGCCCAACACCAUCUCCAACACAUUCUUCCUCUUAUAAAAUCUGCUUUGGAAACUGCUGGAAUAAACCCUGAUGAAAUUGAUUGCCUUUGUUACACCAAGGGUCCAGGCAUGGGGGCACCUUUGCAAGUUUCUGCUAUUGUUGUUCGGGUUCUUUCACAACUGUGGAAGAAGCCCAUUGUUGCUGUCAAUCACUGUGUGGCACAUAUUGAGAUGGGGAGGAUUGUGACUGGAGCAGAUGAUCCUGUUGUCCUGUAUGUCAGCGGAGGGAAUACACAGGUAAUUGCGUACAGUGAAGGGCGAUAUCGGAUCUUUGGGGAGACUAUUGAUAUUGCUGUGGGAAACUGCUUGGAUCGCUUUGCUCGGGUUUUAACUCUCUCCAAUGAUCCAAGCCCUGGAUAUAACAUUGAGCAGCUAGCGAAGAAAGGAGAAAAGUUCAUAGACCUUCCUUAUGUUGUCAAAGGGAUGGAUGUCUCUUUUAGCGGGAUUUUGAGUUAUAUUGAAGCCACCGCCGAGGAGAAGCUCAAAAAUAACGAGUGUACACCUGCAGACUUGUGCUAUUCCCUGCAGGAAACCUUGUUUGCAAUGCUUGUGGAGAUUACGGAACGGGCAAUGGCGCAUUGUGACAAAAAAGAUAUACUUAUUGUUGGUGGUGUGGGUUGUAACGAGCGUUUGCAAGAGAUGAUGAGAACAAUGUGCUCUGAGCGAGGUGGAAAGUUGUUUGCAACCGAUGACAGGUACUGCAUUGACAAUGGAGCGAUGAUUGCAUACACCGGUCUUCUUGAAUUCGCUCAUGGCUCAUCAACUCCACUAGAGGAAUCUACAUUUACGCAAAGGUUCAGGACCGAUGAAGUGAAAGCAAUCUGGAGAAUAAAAAAGGAGUCAGUUAGCAAGAAUGGUCUUAUGGACCAAAGCAACUAAGUUAAGAAGAUUCCGAUGUAUUGUCAUAUUGACUUUGCCAGAAGCAGUUUAACUACAAUGUCAGAUUAAAAAUGUUGUAAAUUCAUAUUAGAAAGCAAAUUAUUAUGGGUUGGAGCAUUAUAAGAUUUCUGUAUUUAAUUCUAUGUAAUUUAAAUUUUCCAAGUUCAGUUUAUCAAAUUGAACUUCAGUAAGUAAUAUUUGGCUCCUUAGUUCUUAAUA